AUUUAAAUGCGCUCCGAAUGACAUUUCAAGUGCACAGCGUGAUAAACAAAAAUUAUUUUGCAAAUUCUGAAGGUGCAACGUGAAAUAAAUCGGCCUAAAAAUGUCCCAACAAUCCCUGACCAUUCUCACGCCUCACGCACGAAGGUACACAGUAAAACUGACGCCAAAUACAACGCUUUUGGAGGUUCUUGAGCAAGUGUGCAGGAAGUACCAGCUGGAUCCCAAUCGGCACAUCCUGAAGCAUCACAACAAGACUGUGGAUCUGUCGGGGAUGUUCAGGUUCUCGGGACUGCCCAACAACGGAUUGCUGGAGAUGGAGGAGACGGACCAAGUGAGACAGGAGGCUGAGGUGCAGAUUGUGCUGCAAACGGAGUCCGGAGAUCGCUUGUCAGGGAGUUUCCCUCCCACUCAUAGUCUGCGUGGCAUACUGAUGAGUCUCUGUCCGGCCAGCGCGGAGCUGGGGGCGAAUUGUGUGGUGAUUUACAUGCGGAAAGAGGUGUUUGGCGAAGAACUCGAGAAGACAACGCUGAAAUCUUUGGGCUUGACGAGUGGGAAGGCGAUGUUGAGGCUCCUGCACAGGAAUCCAGAGGAGCUGCGGGUGCAGGCGAAUGUUUCAGCUCCUCUCGUGCCGAAGCCCACUCCGGGACCAAGUGUGGAAGUCAAUAAAUCAGAGGAGAGAGUGCAAAAGGCUGAGGAAGAGCCCAUGGAAGUGGAGGAGAUCGAAAUGGCCCAGGAGAAAAUUUCCAGUGGCAGCACGCGAGAGGAGGAGCAGGAAGUUCCCGAAGUGAAGAAGUUGAGAUUUGAGGGAAGCGCAGAAUGUGAGACAAUCAGCGCGGAGGAAGUCAAGAAAUUGGAAGAGGAAAUCAAAAUUGUUGGACCGAAUGAUGCAGUGAUAUUUUCCCUCGAUUCAACUCAAAGAGUGCAGGAGAGAGAUCUUCCGGAUUCAUUCUUCGAUCUCACUGUUGACGACGUUCGUCUGCUUCUGAGGGAUCUGAAGGAUCAAGUUAAGGGUCUGGAUAACGCUCCCCUGUUGACGGCCAAAUUGCGCGACAUGGAGAACGAUCGAAAGAUCCUGAAACUGCUUCAGUACAAGAAAACAGUCAUCAGGAUCCAAUUCCCCGACAGAUAUGUUCUCCAAAUGACUUUCAAUCCCAUCGACACCAUUCAGACUGUCAUGGAUCUCAUCCGGAAGCUCCUUCAAAGCCAAGAAACGCCCUUCUACUUGUUCACUACACCUCCGAAGGAGGUUCUGCCCCCAAAUGCCCGCCUGGUGGAACUCAAGUGCGUUCCUCAGGCUGUUAUUCACUUUGGCGUAGAGCAAAGCGUGAAACCUGAUUCUGGACAUUUUCUCAGACAAGAUCUGCUGGAGAAUUUAACUUCCCCAGAUGCGGCUGUUUUGCAGGCUAUGAAAUGCCGCGGCCUUCCACUGACCAACAGUGCGGAAUUGGGACAAGACAGUGAUCAGGGGACGCGAACUGUUGCUGAGAAUCCGCCCAAUAAACCCCGCGUUCCAGACAACUUCCAAAAAUCAUCGAGUUCGAGCUCAAACACCGGCGUUCCCAAAUGGUUCAAACUCCCCAAGUAAAAUUUUUUCUAGAGCGCAAAAUUUGGGAUUUUUACUCUGCCGUGAUCUGUGAUUUCUCAUGUGUAAAGGAAUAUAUGGAACAAACUCACCGAAAAUCUCUUCCACUGCAAAAUGUGGACAGCAAGCUAACUGUAAAAAUUGCACCAAACACUCUUUAUCUGCUCUGCUUCAGGACUCACGAUUGACUGACUAUUCGUCCCGAAAUGUUCGGCUUUUAUAGGUUGUUCUCACACGUUGGCUAAUUGCUUUUGACCUGCGGCGCCAUGGCAGAGACAUUUCUGGGUUUUCAGGCAAUUAAAAUCUAGUCAAAAAGGGAUCUGUAAACUCCUCGAAGUCUGAAUGUCUAGACAAGACAGAAAGUAAUUUUAGCUGGGCAAUUUCUCUGGUAAAAUCCCGAAAAACCGUUACAAUGGAAAACUUUCUUUUUGAU